AUCCCCUCAGUACAAGAGUCAUCUGUCCCCCCUAGACGAUUGACCUUCUCUACUCCUCUCCCUUCCCUUCUACCUGCAUCUUUUUCGUGCCCCUCCCCCACCUUCACAUUCAAGAUGGUCCACACCAACGGUAACAUCAAGGGUAACACCUUCCUCUUCACUUCCGAGUCCGUCGGCGAGGGUCACCCCGACAAGAUUGCCGACCAGGUCUCAGACGCCGUCCUCGAUGCCUGCUUGAGAGAGGACCCCCUCUCCAAGGUUGCUUGCGAGACUGCCACCAAGACCGGCAUGAUCAUGGUCUUCGGUGAGAUCACCACCAAGGCCCGUCUCGACUACCAGAAGAUCAUCCGUCAGGCCAUCAAGGACAUUGGUUACGACAGCUCCGACAAGGGUUUCGACUACAAGACCUGCAACGUCCUUGUUGCCAUUGAGGAGCAGUCGCCCGACAUUGCCCAGGGUCUCCACUACGAGGAGGCUCUUGAGAAGCUCGGUGCCGGUGACCAGGGUAUCAUGUUCGGUUAUGCCACUGACGAGACCCCCGAGCUCCUUCCCCUCACCAUCCAGCUCGCUCACAAGCUCAACGCUGCCAUGACCAACGCCAGAAACGACGGCUCUCUUCCCUGGUUGAGACCCGACACCAAGACCCAGGUCACCGUUGAGUACGAGCACGACAACGGUGCCGUCAUCCCCAAGCGCGUCGACACCGUCGUUGUUUCCGCCCAGCACAGCCCCGACAUCACCACCGAGGAGCUCCGCAAGGAGAUCCUUGAGAAGAUCAUCAAGAAGGUCAUCCCCGCCAAGUACUUGGAUGACAAGACCAUCUACCACAUCCAGCCUUCAGGUCUCUUCAUCAUUGGUGGUCCCCAGGGUGAUGCCGGUCUUACUGGCCGUAAGAUCAUUGUUGACACCUACGGUGGUUGGGGUGCCCACGGUGGUGGUGCCUUCUCCGGAAAGGACUACUCCAAGGUCGACCGUUCCGCUGCCUACCUCGCCCGCUGGAUCGCCAAGUCCCUCGUCAAGGCUGGCCUCGCCCGUCGUGCCCUCGUCCAGCUCUCGUACGCCAUUGGUGUUGCCGAGCCCCUUUCCCUCUUCGUUGAGCACUACGGUACCUCUGAGAAGUCCUCCGAGGAGCUCGUCGAGAUCAUCCGCAAGAACUUCGACCUCCGUCCCGGUGUCAUUGUCAAGGAGCUUAACCUCACCAACCCCAUCUACAACCGCACUGCCAAGAACGGUCACUUUAGCGACCAGACCUUCACCUGGGAGCAGCCCAAGGAGCUCAAGUUCUAAGCAUGUCAUGUCAUUGGUUGACUUCAUGUUCGGAUCCUUGUGUUUUUUUCUAAAAAGCUUGCUGUAAAGCUCUGUGCGAGUGGAGUCGACAGCAAGCACGGCGUUCAACGGUUAUUUAUUUGGGAAGGGGAACCUACAUCAAACCCUGCGGCUCACUCUUUCUUGGAGCGCAGGUCAGCCAGACUUCGAGGCAAUGUGUUAAGGGGGUAUUCAACAUAGACUCGGGUU